AUACUCCAGCUCAACCCCAAGCUCCUCACACUCCACAGUCCACCGUACUAAGCUCAGCAAGCACCGACCAUCCUCAUCAAACCAUGGACAUGACUGGCUCCGAGAAAUGGAGAUCCCCUUCCUUGUCGUCAUCCUCUCAGGAGCAAGGGGUACCGGUGUGGGUGACCCCGCCGAAACGCCCCGCGGGGAGGACCAAGUUCAAGGAGACGCGCCACCCGGUGUACCGCGGCGUGCGGCGUCGCGGCAACGCCGGCCGAUGGGUGUGCGAGGUGCGCGUCCCCGGCCAGCGCGGCGAGCGGCUCUGGCUCGGGACCUACCUCACCGCCGAGUCCGCCGCGCGCGCCCACGAUGCCGCCAUGCUCGGCCUGCUCGGCCACUCCGCCUCCUCCACAUGCCUCAACUUCGCGGACUCCGCGUGGCUCCUCGACUUGCCUCCCACGCUCUCCGACCUCGCGCAUGUCCGGCGUGCGGCUCUUGCCGCCGUCGCGGGCUUUCUGCGCCAGGAGGCCGACAGCGGCGCUGCUACCGUCAGAGCAGACGAGGCCGCCUACAGCGCGUCCGUGCCGUCUUCUGUGGACAAUGCCGGCGGCUUGUCGGCGACUUCGCAUCCUUAUGCCGAUGGGAUUUUCGAGCUGCCGUCCGCGCUGAACAGCGACAUGUUCGAGCUGGACAUGUCCGGGGAAAUGGACCUGGGCACGUACUACGCGGGCCUCGCGGAGGGACUGCUGCUUGACCCGCCACCGCCGGAGCACACCAGCGCGUGCUGGGACACCGGAGAUGGUGGAGCUGACUCCGCGCUCUGGAGCUACUGAAAUACUGCUGCUUUGACUCUAUGAUUGGAACAAAACACUUGGAGCAGUUCCAAGGCAGCAUAAUAAAAUUUGUGGAACUUAAACGCAUCAAAUCAUAUGACAUACAUGCAAGCAGAUGCAGUUCUAAGCAUCACACAGGAGCAAGAAAAUGACGCAUGAGUUGAUGGGAUGAAUAGUGAACUAGUGGCGGUGAUCCCGGACAGACAGCAAGCGAGAGGAUUCCAAAAGAAAGGGUACUAUCACUUUAUGUGUGGUGACUAUAACUGGCAACCACACGAGAAAGAUCAACGCCUGUUAAUCAGACAGAGGUGGUCCAAGUACGCUAAUUCAGAAGAUGUGGCUUAGGCCCAUCCAGUCUACUGGAUCCUUGGGAUCUUUUCAGGAUUUCAUGUCGAAAUCAUCGUGGCCACGCGAGCUGACGCAGCGAUUCAGUCGACCUCCGCACGUCCCGCUUCCUAUAUCGCGUGGCCACGAGGCGACAUGGCCAGAGCUGAUGUGUCACGUACCUUUUCCUUUCUGGAAGAUGACAUGUCAACUUAUACA